AUGGGGCGAAAAAAGAAGAAGCAGAUGAAGCCAUGGUGCUGGUACUGCAACAGAGACUUUGACGAUGAGAAGAUCCUCAUUCAGCAUCAGAAGGCAAAGCAUUUUAAAUGCCAUAUCUGCCACAAGAAGUUGUACACUGGACCUGGCCUGGCUAUCCACUGUAUGCAGGUGCAUAAAGAGACAAUUGACAGUGUACCAAAUGCAAUUCCUGGAAGAACAGACAUCGAGCUGGAAAUCUACGGCAUGGAGGGAAUCCCAGAGAAAGAUAUGCAGGAAAGAAGAAGAACAUUAGAACAGAAAUCACAAGAAAGCCAAAAGAAGAGGGGAAACAACCAAGAUGACUCCGAUGAGGAUGACGAUGAUGAAGCAGGGCCGUCGGUUCCGCAGGUCUCUGCAGUUCAGCCACAAGCUGCUCCAAUGGCCCAACCUGGAAUGCCUGCUGUGGCUGCUGCUCACGCCAUGGCUCCUGGAGCAUAUCAAGGAAUGCCUCCCAUGAUGCCUGGCGUCCCUCCCAUGAUGCACGGCAUGCCUCCUGCAAUGCAUGGAAUGCCACCAGGUAUGAUGCCAAUGGGUGGGAUGAUGCCUCCCAUGAUGCCAGGCAUGCCCGGCAUUCCUCCAGGAAUUCCACCUCACAUGGCUCCGAGGCCCGGGAUGCCCCACAUGGCCCCGGUUCCUGCAGCAGGACCAAUUCCCAGUCGACCGGUGAUACCAGCAGCCCAGCCCGCCGUCGCCAAACCUCUCUUCCCCAGCGCAGCACAGGCCCAGCACAGUGUUCCCGGAGCUGCAGCUUCAAAUUCCCACAACACUGUCGCCUCUUCUGACCCUCCCAAAGCAACUUUCCCUGCCUACACCCAGCCCUCUGUCUCCUCUUCCUCUUCCACCUCUUCUAAUCCCUCUAGCAGCACUGUGGCCAAACCCCCGGCCACAGUGACCAGUAAGCCUGCCACCCUCACCACCACGAGUGCAACUAGUAAGUUGAUCCACCCUGAUGAGGAUAUCUCACUGGAAGAGAUGAAGGCCCAGCUGCCGCGCUACCAGCGCCUCAUACCCAGGCCGGGUCAGGCCCUGGCGGCUGCUCCCCCGGUGGCAGCCGUGGGCGGCAUCAUGCCCCCACAGCAAGGCAUGCCUCCACAGCAGCCUGGCAUGAGGCAUCCCAUGCAUGGGCAGUACGGGGGCCCCCCUCAGGCCCUGCCCGGCUACAUGCCCGCAGGGAUGCCUCCAUACGCGCAGGGUCCUCCCAUGGUGCCCCCCUACCAGGGAGGCCCCCCCCUGGGUAUGAGGCCGCCCGUCAUGUCUCCAGCUGGACGCUACUGAAGCAGCAAAGCAGCAGCAGCAGCCACCACAUUAGGUUUGAGGUUAACACCUUUCUCUCACCCUUGUGCUUUUUCAAAACUUAGCUGCAAGCAAAGCGCAGUCAUACCAGUGGUGGUGAAGACGCUCCUUAUCUGUUUGAACACAUGGACAUUUAAUGUAACUUCUUCAUUGGAAGCAGUCAUUCACCACAGAGGUUGCAAACAGUUAUGUUGUAAUUUGACCACAUGUGAGAAUAUAUAUUUUUUUUUCCCCCCCAUAGGUUUCACUCAGGUUCAUAGAGGUGAUGUGUGUUAAAAUGAUUCAUAUUUCUUUUGAAGCUGCUGGAGUUACAUGAUCGUACCAACCCCUUAAAAAGGCAAGUUUCUCUUGUAAGCAUUUGCUGAAAUCUUUAUUUUGUUAAUUUCUUCGGGUAGCCCGAUUGAGGCCCUCACAGCAUGUUUAGGUGCUGUUGGACAUUUCGUCCCCAACGUUGGUUGGUGAGGGUCUCAGCGAUGAAUUUGACUCCCAUCCUGUAGUGUUAUAAAUCCAUGACUCAUCAGUCUCUAGCUUUAUCCUUUUUUCAGGUUUGUUUUUUUUUUUUUAAUAUCUCCUGGUCAGAAGUCUACUUGUAUCCAUCCUUUGUAAUGUUUUAUCAAUAUGUUGUAAUAAAAUCCAUCUUGAAAUCCAAUGCUGGUUUGUCCUGACGUACAUGGAGGUGAGUCAUGAAGGUUGGUACUGGUGUUGUAUUUUUUUUUUUUUUUUAAUGCAUCUUAGGGCUCUGUUAGACGACAGGUAUUCAACACCAAGUUUGCCAUCAUCUGUUUUUGUGUGUAGAGUCCACCUUCCAUUGUCUCGAUAAGAAAACUGGACUUUAAAGAAAAAGCCUUCCAUCAGCUAAGAGUGUCCCUCAAAACUAAGAUGUUGGCCAACUUCUGGUUCCAAACGCUGCAUGUUCCCCGAUAUGAUGGAAAUGACUGCAAAUGAAGUGACACUUAAUGGUACCUUAUCGGUGUGAAGGAGAACUGAAGUCACUCCUGAUUGGUCAUUAACCUUGUUUCUUGAGCAGAGCAGUUCACUGACAUGCAUGGUCGCUCUAACGUUGGUCUCUGUCAUGUUUAAAGUCAUGUUCCUACAAGAGAAGACAAAACGAACCCAACAAUACUGCAGCUCUGGAUUAAAGUCAGAUCCUGUAGAGCUCCAUGAUUACUUGAUUUUAGAGCACGGCUACAAACCACAGUUAAAAUGAUUUGCUGUACAAGCUUGUAUUUUUUCUCAUGAUCACACAGACUUCUCUGGUUUGGUCUUGACUCGGUCUGCUGCUCAGUGUUAACCUUCAGUCAGUUUCCAUCAUUGCUUUGGACACAUGGUCUUGCUAAAGCAUGUAUUAUAUAAACCAAAGAAAAGCUGCUCCAGCAUUGAAACGGUUUUGUAUUUUACCUUCAUUCCUGCCAUGUUGUCAGUAGAAGCCGCUCUGGCUGAUUGGUCUUUACUGCAGAGCUGGCUUUGUAUUGCUGGGAGGUUUUGUGUUUGUUCCAUUGUUUCUAUUCUAAAUGUUUGUUUCAUUUCCAUCAGUCGGUCUCAUCUGCUGUUUGUCUUUGUUGGAGAUUUUUUUUUUUUUUAUAUAAUCUCUGAAAGACCAACCUGACUAUUCAUGCUGGAACUGCGUGAGAACAUAUCUAAAUCUCACACACGCCAAACCUCAAAGUGAAAAGUCCUGGCAGGUGUUGAGUGUGGCUCAGUGAUUCUCCUUCUGGCCAUAUCACUUACUGCUCUGUAUUUGUUUCUGUUGUCUGUAGCGCAUCCAUAUCAGCUUUUCAGCCUUUAGACCCAGUCAGCUGCCAGGACAGGUCAGUUAAAGCCAGUAAGUACCUGCUGUUUAUUCCAGAAGUGUUCCAGACACCGGAGUGACUGUGCAUUCAGUGAUAUUUCUUUAUUCCUUCACCAGAAGGUCACAGAGAUUUGGCCAUUCUCAUGUACGCUUUGACUCACUUUGCUCUUGUCCGCUCUGCUGUGAGACGGGCUCUGGUGGUAAGUAGUCGGCGGCGAGCUUCCGGCUCGUUUCAGACGCUCUUGAUGUUAAAGGGUCGGCUCACCCCGAGUUCUCACUGUGGUGUCUUAAGAGAGCGGAAACCAACCUCACCGAUCUGUGACCCCUGUAGACUGAUAGUCUAGGCCGGAGUUUCACUCCAAACAUGCAAGAGGGAUUUUAUUUUAAGUUCGAAAUCAGUUCUGUUGUUCUGAAUUGAGUCACGCUCGCUUAAGAUUCUUAGGAAUCACAAUCUUUAUAAUCUCCCUUUAUUCCAUCAGGCUCUUAAAAAAAAAAAAAAGUCAUGGAACUAUAAUAUGAAAUGUGCAAGAAAAAAAUUGUUUGGGGGGGGGGAUCCCACUCUGUCCUCAUGUAUUAAAUAGAAAUUCACUGUUUUUUACUCUUUUAAUGCAGCUUUACUGAUGUAAAUGUAAUGAAGAUUCUGAUCUUUCCUCUGUAAUUCCCCAAAAUAGGAAAAAAAUCUCCCCUCCUAUCUGCAGUCCUGAAAGAUCUAUUUAUAUAGACUUGAUACCAAAAAAAAACAUUCAUAUGUUUAAGUAUUUGAAGUCUUAAAGAAAUGGCUUUCAAAAACAUUUUUCAAAACAUGGCCAGGUGGUGAGCUUGUUUGUUGGCACCUUUUGCGAGUGACAGGGUUACAGAGGAAUUGACAGGUUUUUUUUUUUGUUUUUUUAAUUCUUUUUUUGUUAACAGUGGCUGUGAAAUGAGAGGGGGGAAAUAGUUGCUAUGGUGGUGAGGAGGAAGAGUCUGAGUUUCUUAUCUAUGCAGUGCAUAGAGCCACAAGGCUCUAACAAAAAAAAAAAAAAGCCCAAAAACUGACCACCUUCCUAUCUCAAAAAAUUCCAAAGCAGGAGUUUAAAAA